UCAUGCUGCUGCCAGGUCCAGAGUCUCUCAUGGGUCCCUGUACGGCCUCCCAUUGCUGCUGUCUCCAUCGCCACACUCUGCCAUGUGCCACUUUCAGGUCUCCUCACACACUGCUGGGUUCCAUUUUGUCAUAGGGUGCUGGCAGAUUACGGGCCUCCCAUUGCUGCUGCCAGGCCUUAAUCUGCCAUGGGCCCCUGUACCGCCUCCUCAUGCUGCUGCCAGGUCCACAGUGUCUCAUGGGUCCCUGAACCGCCUCCCAUUGCUGCUGUCUCCAUCGCCCACACUCUGCCAUGUGCCACUUUCAGGUCUCCUCACACUGCUGGUGUGUUACAUUUUUUGU